AAAGGGCGGGACCUCGGACGGAGGAGUGGGGUGCCCUCCUUUCCCUUGGGUCACGCGCGGCAGGAAGUGGUUCCUGAAACGGAGUAUUCGAGAUGGGGACCGCCCUGGACAUAAAGGUUAAAAGAGCGAACAAGGUUUAUCACGCCGGGGAAAUGCUCUCCGGGGUGGUGGUCGUAUCUGGGAAGGAUUCGGUCCAGCACCAGGGAGUCUCCUUGACAGUGGAAGGAACCGUGAACCUCCAGCUCAGUGCCAAGAGUGUGGGUGUGUUCGAAGCAUUCUAUAAUUCUGUUAAGCCCAUCCAGAUUAUCAACAGUACCAUCGAAAUGGUGAAACCGGGAAAAUUUCCCAGUGGCAAAACAGAAAUUCCUUUUGAAUUUCCUCUGCACGUGAAGGGUAACAGAGUUCUGUAUGAGACUUACCACGGCGUGUUUGUCAACAUUCAGUAUACCCUGCGCUGUGACAUGAGGCGGUCCCUGCUGGCCAAGGACUUGACCAAGACCUGUGAAUUCAUCGUUCACUCUGCUCCUCAGAAGGGGAAACUGACUCCGAGUCCCGUGGACUUCACUGUCACACCCGAAACCUUACAGAAUGUCAAAGAGAGAGCCUUGCUCCCCAAAUUUCUCAUCAGAGGACAUCUCAACUCGACCAACUGUGUUAUCACACAGCCACUAACGGGAGAGCUGGUGGUGGAGAGCUCGGAGGCCGCCAUCAAAAGCAUCGAGCUGCAGCUGGUGCGCGUGGAGACCUGCGGCUGUGCAGAAGGGUACGCCCGCGAUGCCACGGAGAUUCAGAACAUUCAGAUCGCCGACGGGGACGUGUGUCGGGGCCUCUCUGUCCCCAUAUACAUGGUCUUCCCCCGGCUCUUCACCUGCCCGACACUGGAGACCACCAACUUCAAAGUGGGGUCAUACUGGAGAUGGUUUUGGUCCUCAUUCAGACAAGCCUUCCCAUCUACUUCACUGUCUUCUUUUUAUCAGCCUCGUCAGCAAGUACCUCAUAUGUUGAUGAAAGAAAUUUCCACCUUGCUAUUAUCUCUUUUACCUGUUUCCUUUAAUCCAUUUUUCCAGAGAGCAACAUCUGACUGAAAAACUACCUAAAAUAAUUGCGUUGCUUCAGUUUUGUGGUGUGAUCACUUUUCCCACCUGUUUCCUCUCUACAGUCUUUGAAAUAACCUUAAAAGUGUAGUAACAUUUUGCAAUGCUGGGGUACCAUUUCAGUUUUAUACUGGAUUAUGCGUUAUUUAUAGCAUAGAUUAAACUUUUCAGCAGGGAAAAUAAUCCAAGCUCUUAGGAACAGUCAUGGUUUUAAGUUAUACACUACUUUCGAUUAAAUGCUACUGGAUUAAAGACACAGACUGACAACACUGGCUCUUUUCAAUCAUCUCUUAGUGCUCAGCAUACCAGAAGGUCCUCUAAGAGGGAAACCCUUCUCAUGAGUCCACAAGGACCAGAAGGUCCUUGAAAUCUGGCCCAAUCUAAAACAUCCAUAAGCAUAUUUGGUCCACGCCAAAUGGUUUUAGACAGGACCAAAUAUCAAGGACAUUUUGGUGUGGACCAAAUGUCAGCUAACCAUCCACAAGUACCUCAAAAAAGUCAAUACUGAGAAAUGCAAUUUGAUCAACUCUAACAUUUUCACGUGUAUUCACAUGAAAAACCUCUUAUUCUAGCCUAAACAGUAAACUCUACCAUCUCUGUAAUAAUCUUUCCAUUCACAAAUUUCAACAGCCAAUCUUGUGAACUUGACUUUACCAACCUCUA